AUGGCGGGGAGCGCGGCCGACGGCGCCAACCACCUGCCCUUCUUCUUCGGCAACAUCACGCGGGAGGAGGCGGAGGACUACCUGGUCCAGGGCGGCAUGAGCGACGGGCUGUACCUGCUGCGGCAGAGCCGGAACUACCUGGGCGGCUUCGCGCUGUCGGUGGCGCACGGCAGGAAGGCGCACCACUACACCAUCGAGCGCGAGAUGAGCGGCACCUACGCCAUCGCGGGCGGCAGGACGCACGGCAGCCCGGCCGAGCUCUGCCUCUACCACUCGCAGGAGUCCGACGGCCUGGUCUGCCUCCUCACCAAGCCCUUCCACCGGCCGCCCGGGGUGCAGCCCAAGACCGGCCCCUUCGAGGACCUGAAGGAGAGCCUCAUCCGCGAGUACGUGAAGCAGACCUGGAACCUGCAGGGCCAGGCCCUGGAGCAGGCCAUCAUCAGCCAGAAGCCACAGCUGGAGAAGCUGAUCGCCACCACGGCCCACGAGAAGAUGCCUUGGUUCCACGGGAAAAUCUCAAGGGUCGAAUCUGAGCAGAUCGUCAUGAUAGGAUCCAAGACAAACGGAAAGUUUUUGAUCAGGGACAGGAAUGACAACGGGUCGUACGCCCUGUGCGUGCUGCACGAGGGGAAAGUGCUGCACUACCGGAUCGACAAGGACAAGACGGGCAAGCUCUCCAUCCCCGACGGGAAGAAGUUCGACACACUCUGGCAGCUGGUGGAGCAUUACUCUUACAAACCCGAUGGACUGCUGAGAGUUCUCACGGUUCCGUGCCAGAAGAUCGGAGGGCAGACAGGAAACAUCAACUUCGGAGCCCGCGCGCCCCUCCCGGGAGCCCAUCCUGCCACGUGGUCGGCGGGUGGAAUAAUUUCCAGAAUCAAAUCGUACUCCUUCCCCAAGCCUGGCCACAGAAAGGCCUCCUCGUCCGCAGGGAGCCGGCCCGAGAGCUCCGUGACCUUCAAUCCUUACGAGCCAGACCGGGGGCCUUGGGCCACGGACAGAGAUGCCCAGAGAGAAGCCAUGCCCAUGGACACCGAGGUGUACGAGAGCCCCUACGCGGACCCCGAGGAGAUCCGGCCCAAGGAGGUCUACCUGGACCGCAAGCUGCUGACCCUGGAGGACAGUGAGCUGGGCUCCGGCAACUUCGGGACCGUGAAGAAGGGCUACUACCAAAUGAAAAAAGUCGUGAAGACGGUGGCUGUGAAGAUUCUGAAGAACGAGGCUAACGAUCCCGCCCUUAAAGACGAGUUGUUAGCAGAAGCGAACGUCAUGCAGCAGCUGGAUAACCCGUACAUCGUGCGCAUGAUCGGGAUAUGUGAGGCCGAGUCCUGGAUGCUGGUCAUGGAGAUGGCCGAGCUCGGUCCGCUCAACAAAUACUUACAGCAGAACAGGCACGUCAAGGACAAGAACAUCAUAGAACUGGUUCACCAGGUUUCUAUGGGGAUGAAGUACUUGGAGGAAUGCAACUUCGUGCACAGGGAUCUGGCGGCAAGAAACGUACUGCUCGUGACGCAACAUUACGCCAAGAUCAGUGAUUUCGGACUUUCCAAAGCACUCCGCGCUGACGAAAACUACUAUAAGGCGCAGACGCACGGCAAGUGGCCGGUGAAGUGGUACGCUCCCGAGUGCAUCAACUACUACAAGUUCUCCAGCAAGAGCGACGUCUGGAGCUUCGGCGUGUUGAUGUGGGAGGCGUUCUCCUACGGGCAGAAGCCCUACCGGGGCAUGAAAGGAAGUGAAGUUUCGGCUAUGCUGGAGAAAGGGGAGAGGAUGGGGUGCCCCGCGGGGUGCCCGAGGGAGAUGUACGAGCUGAUGAAGCUGUGCUGGACGUAUGAGGUGGAGAAGAGGCCGAGUUUCGAAAACGUGGAGCUGCGGCUGCGCAAUUAUUACUACGACGUGGUGAACUAAGGCCCCGGGCCCUCCGCGGCCUCCGGGGGACCGGGGGGCCGGGCCGUGAAGCCCCCCAGCGCCUGG